GGGCCUGGGGUGGCUUCCGGUUUCUGGCUUCCGGCGGAGGGCUGGGUAGUAGCUCGCAGCCGUCAUGGCAGCGGAGGAGAAGGACCCUCUGAGCUAUUUCGCGGCAUACGGGAGCAGCAGCUCAGGCUCCUCGGACGAGGAGGAUAACAUCGAGCCGGAGGAGACAAGUCGCAGAACCCCGGAUCCGGCGAAGUCGUCGGGCGGCUGUAGGAACAAGGCGGAGAAGCGGCUCCCGGGACCCGACGAGCUGUUUAGGAGCGUGACUCGCCCGGCCUUUCUCUACAAUCCGCUCAACAAGCAGAUAGACUGGGAGAGGCACGUCGUCAAGGCGCCUGAGGAGCCUCCAAAGGAAUUCAAAAUAUGGAAGUCAAAUUAUGUACCACCUCCUGAGACCUACACCACUGAGAAGAAGCCUCCGCCUCCAGAGCUUGACAUGGCAAUAAAAUGGUCUAACAUAUAUGAGGACAAUGGUGAUGAUGCUCCACAGAAUGCUAAGAAAGCUAGGCUUCUACCAGAAGGGGAGGAGACGUUGGAAUCAGAUGAUGAAAAAGAUGAGCAUACUUCUAAAAAGCGCAAAGUAGAGCCAGGAGAACCAGCAAAGAAGAAAAAGUAGAAACAAAUGACCAGAAUUUCUGUACUGCUAAACUUGUUGAAAUGUUUCUUUGGACAGAUUAAGUUGAUAUUGUGGGUUAUUAUGCCACAUCUCCAUGAAAGUGCAUACAUUAAUGAACUAAUAAGUAUUGCCUCAAGAAAUUUCCACUAUAAAAUUCUUUUUUUAUUUAAAACAUGUAUGUAUUUAAAACUCAACUGGUGACUUGUGAUUGUGAAAUUGAUAACACUUGGAUGCAUUCUUGCUCUCACAGAAUUGGUGACAUGCUUUGAGUUUUGUCACAUGUUGACAUGCCAAUGUUCUAUAAACCUUUUAUAAAGGAAUAUAUUUUUAAAGUAAAUAUAUUGUAAUGUACUGUGAACUUGUAGGGUGCUUUUCAACAGUCUUUGUACAGUGUAAAUAGAUCAUGGAAAUAAAAUUACUUAUUCAAUAUUACUAUUACUGUAUAACAUUAACAUUUGAAUGUUUGUCUGUGACAAGUACCCUAUUUGUCGUGUGACAUUUUAAGUUGUAAUAAGAAGUAUUACCAUUUUAAGUUGUAAUAAGAAGUAUUACCAUUUUAAGUUGUAAUAAGAAGUAUUACCAUUUAAAGAGUGCCUCCUGUGUUCCAGGUGCUUUGUGCAUAUAUUUUCUCUGAUCCUUAAACAACCUAGCAAGGUAUUAUUAGUAUUCUCAUUUUAUAAUAAAGAGUGCUUGAGUAGCUUGUCUAAUGUUACACAGCUAGUGAGUGAUUCAUUUGGAAUUUAACUUGGAACACUUGAACUUCAAAAUCAUCACAUUAAACCACCUGUCCACCAGUCAAAAUUUAGUCAUCUUUCAAGAAUGACAUCAGUUGUCAUCUCUUCCAGGUACUUUUCUGUUGUACCUGGAUAUCUGUUAGUGGAGAUCUUUUCCUCUCCUGAUUGUAUGAGUGUACUUGUCAUCUGUGCUUUAUGGUUAUUCAUUAAUUUCUUUAUUAAAUUGUAAGUUUACAGGACAUUCAGUUAAAUUUGAAUCUCAGAUAAAUAAUGUUUUAGUAUAUUUAAUAUUCAGGACAUAUACAAAAAGUGUGUUUAUCUGAAAUUCAAAUUUAACUGAACAUCUUUUAUCUGGUAACCCUAACUUCUACAUGUUUUCUCUACCCAGCUUCUGUUUUAAUGCUUUGCGUAUAGUAAUAAUAAAAUGAACAAGAAGUAGUUGGGAAGGUGUGAUCUUUGAGUUCCAAAAUGCAGUUAUUUGUAGCAUUUUGAACAAUAAAAAGGUUACACUCUG